UUAAAAUUUUUGCCAGGGCAGAAAAAAAAUAGAUGUGCUGCUCAGUAAAUUGUGAAAUAUUUGCAUUUUGAGGCCAGCCCCACAACCAUUGCUCCUCCUCUGACAUUAAGAUGACACAUUUUAUAGAGCGGCAGCUGCUGUAGCUGGUAUUACUCUUCUCAGCCAUCUAAGACUUGGAGGUAACAAUGGAGCGGCCACCAGUGUUUCAGCAGCGAUAUGAAGAUCUGGAAAUCUUAAAUUCUGAGUAUGGAAAGAACAUGAUUAAGCUUCUUCGUAUCAGAAGAGAUAGCAAGCAGCACCACAUUAAAGAAGUGGAGGCCUGUGUACAUAUUAGACUGGAUUCUGUCAAUGAAUACGUGCAUGGAGACAAUUCUGCUGUUAUCCCUACUGACACCAUAAAGAACAUCGUCAUUGCUUUGGCAAAAUGCAAUGGGAUUGACACUAUAGAACAAUUUGCCCUGGAUAUCUGCAAUCACUUCAUGUCAUCAUUUUCUCAUGUGGUGUACAUCAAAACUUAUAUUCAAGAGCUACCAUGGCGACGUCUACAACAGAAAGGCAUUCCCCAUGUCCACUCCUUUAUCUUUGUUCCUGAAGGAAUUCGCUUUUGUGAAGUCGAACAGAGUCCGAAUGGUCGUCCAGUUAUUUUCUCUGGAAUUAAAGAUUUGAAACUUAAGAAAACAGGACUGUCUGGAUUUGAAGGUUUCCACAGGGACAAAUACACCACACUUCCCGAGACCACUGACAGAGUUUUAAGCGCAGAACUGUUCUGCAAGUGGUGCUAUGACGAGUGUCAAGAUAUUGACUUUGACUGCAUAUGGGAUAUUGUUCACCAGAGUGUCCUUGAAGCAUUUGCUGGGCCACCUGAAUGUGGCGAAUACUCACCCUCUUACCAGAAGACUGUCAAUGAUAUCCAGAUGCUCAUCCUGGCAAGAGUUCCACAGCUCAAGGAGGUUGAAAUCAUCUUGAACAACAUUCAUUAUUAUGACUCAGACCUGAAGAAACUGGGAUUGUCCAGUGAAAAGGAGGUGAUGAUUCCGGUGGAGACUCCCUAUGGUUCCUGUACGUGCAUACUCCGUAGGAAGAAGUGCUUAGAAGAACAAGCCUAAGAUACAAGAGAUGAGAAUCAGUGUCAGUGAAUUGGAUGGACGUUUCAACAGGGGAUACCCUAAACAUUUGGGCUCCACUCAGACAUACAGGAUUAAUUUACCAUGUGGCUUUCUUUACAAAAUGUAUCCAUUCCAUUCAUUGACUCUUGUCUAUUGUUUGAUUUUUGCCUUCACAAAUUAGAAAAUGAGUUUUUGAAAGGAGCCUGGGGAAUUCAGAUUUCCAAAUCCCAUUGGAUCUCAGUAGGAUUUGUGCACAUAAUUCGCUUGGGUGCCUUUGAAAAUCCCAGCAAGAAAUAUUAAAAUCGGGGUCAUUAGACGAACUAUUUUGAGGUGUAUGAUAGAAGUUUCAGUUAAUCAGUUAAUCUCUAUAAUGUGCUUUGCUCAUUUAAAAUCCUAAAGAGGCUCUAUAAACUAUUAUUAUUUAUUAAUGUUUGUGCAUUAAUUUAUUGUAUUAUAUUAAUUAUAAAAUUAAUUUAUAAUCAUGAAAGAAAACCUGUAGGUGGAACUGGCAUGACUUCAAUUGAUUACACUAAUUUACACAGCUGAGUAUCUGGUCCCAUACUGUAAAUUUAAAAAGGCAAAAUUUUUACUUGUAUUUCCACUGUAAAUUAAAUUGAACCUAGCUUGCUUCAUCAAGGAAAUGAAGAAAUAAAGCAAAAUUCUAUCUACCUAGAGAUCGUCUUUACAAUAUUAAUAGUUCUGAAAUUGACUAAUACAUGUGCUGAUUAUAGCAGGGGUGGGAAAAUACCUACUCAUGAGCUAUAUCCAGUCCAUCAGGGUGAGCUCCUGGCAGGUGUGCACCACUAUAUUUACCCGCACCUUUGAAGGUACAGACUAUGACAACUCCCAUUGGCAGUGGAUUACUGUUCCCAGCCAAUGGGUACUGUGGGAAGCAGUGUCCUGGUUUGCAGCCAAUAAGAGCUGUUAUCUAGUACCUGUGGAGGCACCACUGUUUUUUUGCCUACACCAGAUUAUACAGCUGCCACAUUAUUCCUAAACAAAUAAACAGCGGUGGGGAUUUUGCAGGUGUAUAAUUGCUUUUGUGUUAACUAUUGAAAAUAUUUAAAGAUAUCGGGCUAUCGUCUGUGGGGUUCUUGAAAUCUUCUUAAUUUCAUUUGUUGUUACUUUUGAGUAGGCAGGAGCAGGAGUCAACACAAGAAGGGUACGUCUACACAGCAGCAUUAUUUUGAAAUAAUUGACGUUAUUCUGAAAUAAUAUAGUGCGCAUCCCC